AUGGCGAACUACGGGCAGGCUUCUGCCAAAAGGCAUGUGGCCUGGAGCAACGAUGCUGACUUCAUCGAAGGCAUUGUUCGUCAUGGCGGAUUCCUGUCUGUGGCCGAUCGCCAAGCUUUUCAAUUGUCGAAACUGGCACACCAUUACUACGAUGCGAAAGUCGGCAAGAUUCGCUACACUGGUAAGUCGCUGUUGCUUCCUGCCUCUGGGAAGUACCCUGCGAAAUUUGGGGAGAAGAUUGCCGAACUUUUUCGGUACAGUGGUGAUGCGGCAAAGCUCCAUGGCCCCAAAAUGGCUUGUGACGUGGAUUGGAUGAAAAGCGACUACGAGCUUGUGAAGGGCCUGCUGCCUGACAACGUACAGCUCGAAAGCUUCGGGGAUUUAGCUCAGGAGGUGCCUUAG